CACUUUGUAAAGAUCACCAUGGGGCGCCGGCCAGCGAGAUGCUACCGGUACUGCAAAAAUAAACCGUAUCCGAAAUCGAGGUUCUGUCGGGGUGUACCUGAUCCCAAGAUCCGUAUCUUCGAUUUGGGUAAGAAGAGAGCGACCGUUGACGACUUUCCACUGUGCGUGCACUUGGUGUCCGACGAAUAUGAACAGCUGAGCUCAGAGGCUUUGGAGGCAGGACGUAUCUGCUGCAAUAAGUACCUCGUAAAGAACUGCGGAAAGGAUCAGUUCCAUAUCCGCAUGAGACUUCACCCUUUCCACGUUAUCCGCAUCAAUAAAAUGUUAUCAUGCGCUGGAGCUGAUAGGCUCCAGACUGGGAUGCGUGGUGCGUUUGGCAAGCCUCAGGGUACUGUAGCACGUGUUCGCAUUGGACAGCCCAUCAUGUCCGUGCGCUCUAGUGACAGGUGGAAGGCACAGGUCAUCGAGGCUCUGCGCCGUGCCAAGUUCAAGUUCCCCGGACGUCAAAAGAUCUACGUAUCAAAGAAGUGGGGUUUCACAAAGUAUGAACGUGAUGAGUUUGAGAAGCUGCGUGAAGAGGGCCGCCUCGCUAAUGACGGCUGCAUUGUGCAGUACCGCCCGGAACAUGGACCUCUCGACGCUUGGAGGAAGGUUCAGGCUGAGAUCCUCAAUGUAUAAUCUGAUCAAUACAUUCUACUCUUAAA